AUGACAAGCGUAGAAACUAAGGAAUUAAAGUUUGUCAAAGAAAAACAUGUCAAGUAUAUACAAGAUUUAGAUUCAGAGUCAACAAAACAGACAUUUGAAUAUUGGUUACUGGAACAUUUACGAAUGAAUGGUCUCUAUUGGGGCGUCACUGCUUUAGGAAUUAUGAAUCUGUUAGAUGCAUUAUCAAGGGAUGGGGUAGUACAGUUUGUAUUAAGUUGUUGGGAUGCUAAACAGGGUGGAUUUGGAGCAUAUCCUAAACAUGAUGCACAUAUUUUAUCGACAUUAUCAGCAAUCCAAAUUUUGGCGGUUUACGAUAGCUUGGAGAUUUUAAAUGAGCAAAAAAGAGGUCAGUUGAUCGAGUUUAUAAGAGGAUUGCAAUUGGACAAUGGGUGUUUUCAAGGUGAUUCAUUUGGGGAAACAGAUACUCGAUUCGUGUACACUGCUAUACAAGCGUUGGCUAUUCUCGGGGAGUUAACCCAGGAGGUCAUUGAUCCUGCAGUCAACUUUAUAAUGAAAUGUGAAAACUUUGAUGGGGCAUUUGGGAUGUUGCCUGGAGCAGAAAGUCAUGCUGCCCAAGUAUUUACUUGCUUGGGCACUUUGGCCAUAACUAACAGUCUACACUUGGUCAACGAUGUAAAACUAGGUAAUUGGCUCAGCGAAAGGCAAGUGCUUCCUAGCGGAGGCUUUAAUGGAAGACCAGAAAAAUUGCCGGAUGUAUGUUAUAGUUGGUGGGUAUUAUCGUCAUUAUCUAUUCUCGGCAAAAAGCACUGGAUAGAUGCUGACAAACUAGAACACUACAUUUUAGCAUGUCAGGACCUUGAAAAGGGUGGCAUAAGCGAUAGAGAAGACAACCAAACUGAUGUCUUUCAUACAUGUUUUGGAAUCACCGGUCUUAGUUUAAUCGAGAGUAAAACAUUCCCCUUCAGCAAAAUUGACCCCAUCUAUUGCUUGCCAACAACUGUAAGUGAAAAACUCAAAAAAUGGCCGGCUGACUAUCAAACAUAG